CUGAGUCCACUAGUCAAAGCAGAGAGAGAGAGAUCGAUCAAUACUUCCUCGUUUUGUGUUUCGGAUUCAUUGCCCGAAUCGGCUUCAUCUGUGAGCAAGGUGAUUCAUUCUUCUUCCAACUCUCUUUCGAAUUGGUUUCCUCCAGGCUUUGCUUCUCAAUAGAAACUGAUAUAAGGGGGUUAGAGUUCUGAGUCUUUGGAUCCAUUUUGUUCUGCUUUGUGGGUUUUGCAAAUCCAGUUUAAUGUGGAAGUAGCUUAUCUAACUUGGUAUAGAUUAGUAAAGAACCGAGAAUAAAACUCAAAAAAGUGAUCUUUCUUGCUACGUUUAGGCAAUAUUUUUCUGAGGUAGCAGUUUAAGUUUUGUAGAUUAGGAUGGAGAACAAACCAACUGUAUUAACUAACAGAUAUGAGGUUGGGAGGUUAUUGGGUCAAGGUACUUUUGCCAAAGUUUAUUAUGGAAGGAGCAAUCAUACCAACGACAGUGUAGCUAUCAAGAUGAUUGAUAAAGACAAGGUUAUGAGGGUCGGGCUUAGCGAGCAGAUCAAGCGAGAGAUCUCUGUCAUGAGGAUUGCUAAACACCCUAACGUCGUUGAGUUAUUCGAGGUUAUGGCAACCAAGUCGAGGAUUUACUUUGUUAUUGAGUAUUGUAAAGGCGGAGAGCUUUUCAACAAGGUUGCAAAAGGGAAACUUAGAGAGGAUAUUGCUUGGAAGUAUUUUUAUCAGCUUAUUAGUGCUGUUGAUUUCUGCCAUAGCCGCGGAGUUUAUCACCGCGACAUUAAGCCAGAGAAUCUCUUGUUGGAUGAUAAUGAUAAUCUUAAGAUUUCUGAUUUUGGUUUGAGCGCCCUUGCUGAUUGCAAGCGGCAAGAUGGUCUUCUACAUACAACUUGCGGUACACCUGCUUAUGUUGCGCCUGAGGUUAUUAACCGAAAAGGAUAUGAUGGCACGAAAGCGGAUAUUUGGUCUUGUGGGGUUGUCUUGUUUGUGCUUUUGGCUGGUUAUCUUCCUUUCCAUGACUCUAAUCUGAUGGAGAUGUAUAGGAAGAUUGGUAAAGCAGACUUCAAGUGUCCCAGCUGGUUUGCUCCUGAAGUAAAGAGACUAUUGUGUAAGAUGUUGGACCCUAACCAUGAGACUAGAAUCACAAUUGCAAAAAUCAAAGAGAGUUCUUGGUUCAGAAAAGGUUUACAACUGAAGCAAAAGAAAAUGGAAAAGAUGGAGAGACAAGUCAGAGAGGUUGCUAAUCCCAUGGAAGCUGAAGGUUCAGGACGAAAUGAAAACGGAGAAAGCCAUGAGCCGCCCCAACUUGCUAGCUUGAAUGCUUUUGAUAUUAUCGCCUUGUCUACGGGGUUUGAUCUGGUAGGACUGUUUGGGGACUUAUAUGACAAGCGAGAAUCUAGAUUUGCAUCUCGAAAACCUGCUUCAGAGAUCAUUUCUAAGCUAGAGGAGGUAGCCAAAUGCCUGAAGCUGAAGAUAAGAAAGCAAGACGCAGGCUUGUUCAAACUGGAACGAUUAAAAGAAGGAAGGAAAGGAAUCUUGAGGAUGGAUGCAGAGAUAUUCCAAGUGACACCAACGUUUCACCUGGUGGAAGUGAAGAAAUGCAACGGGGAUACAUUGGAGUAUCAGAAGUUAGUGGAGGAGGAUCUUAGGCCUGCUCUGGCAGAUAUUGUGUGGGUUUGGCAGGGAGAGAAGGAGAAAGACGAGAAGUUACUGCAGGCUGAACAAGGAGAGCAGAACCAUUGUAGCGUAACUGUAUAGAAAAACAGAAGAAGCAAGCUCAGGAAUUGUAGGAGGAACAUGAAGACAGAGAUACUCUCUCCCGGCUUCAGCUGAAACAGAAGCAUCAAGAACCUCUAACGAACGAUGACAUGUGAGAAGCAAAAGCAGAGGAAAGAAAACAGGCUCAAUUACACAACUUGAUUUUGUUUACAUAUAUAUAGACUUACAAAAACAAAAAUGUAGAUAGUUGAUUGUUGUAACAGUUACGAGCUCUUCUUUACCUUAAUGUGUCGUGAAGUUUUGAACCUGUAAUUUUGUUUCUUGAGUACCGUAAAUGAAUGAUUGAAGAUUUGAUACAAAACAAUAGCAGCAAGAUUUUUGAGAA